AUGAGUGUGGAUUUAGCCAAGUUGACCAUCAACAACGACGCUCCAUCCGAUGCGUCAUCGGUCCAGCUGUUUCGUAACGACUACAUCGACACACCUUUCUCCGGAAAGCAGGAUCAAUUUGACCAGGUGCUUGACAUCUUGGACCUGACCGGAUUCAUCCCCGAAAACCUCAUCGAGCUGGAGGCCAAAUGGUUCUACAACUCGUUAGGAAUUGAUGAUGUCUUCUUUGCCAGAGAAUCACCUCAGGGCAUCGCCUCCCACAUCCACUCGUUGUACUCCUGUAAGGUCCAGGCUUUUGCUUCUGAUGUCGAUGUUGCUGAGCAGCCCUUGAUUCGUUACAAGAGAGAGGCUGAUGACCACGCUGUGUUCUUCGACACUCAAUUGCCUGGUGAGCACUUUGCCAACCGCCGUUUUGACGAGUCCAUCGAUGACAAGUAUAUCGAUCCUUCUUACGGUAAGAACUCCUACAGACUCGAGUACUUCAGCGCUCCUCUCAACUACUCGUCCGACCCAAUUUUGGCUGGUGUGGCCGAGAAGUACGCUCAGUCCAAGUCUGGCGAUGUUUUCUCCAAGCAGCAGGUCAAGUGUCACUUUAUCUACAAGACCAAGUUCGCGUCGCCUGAAGUCAAUGCCACUGAGACCGACAUCAAUAAGAUCGGUGAUGAGACCUUCUUGAAGAUCGCCUCCGACAGAACCAAGUCACUCUACUCUGACAUCAUCAAGCGUGUAGUGACCACCACUGGUCCAGUGAUCCAGCACUUUGCAAUUGAGGAGUCCGAAGAGUACAGAGUCGUUAUUGGCUACCGUCAGAAGACUUCUCCCCACUACAACUCCGCUUUGAGUGAUUUGGCCGACUACUAUAAGUUGGCCACCACCAGAAAGUACGUUGAGCAGUUCAGCAAUGGUGUGACUGUGAUCUCCAUGUACAUCAAGGCUACCAACUUGAGCGGAAAGAAGACUCCAAUUGACUUGCUGAUCUACCAGGUCAUCAAGGAAGCUUCUUUGUUGUACUGUAUCCCAAACAACCUCUUCCACAGCUUGUUUGUGCUGAACGACUUGUCAUUGCAAGAGGCUAUUUACGCUCAGUGUGGUGUUAUCUUCGUGACCCACUUCUUGAACAGAUUGGGUCCUGAGUACACCAAGUUGUCGCAUUUGCUUGACCCAUCUAAGCUGAUCCAGCACGCUGAGGUGUUGAAUUCUUUGAAGAAGAGAUUGCGUGCCGAAACUUACACCCAGGAUUACAUCAAGGAGGUGUUUUCGGUUAGAAAGGACAUCAUUAGAAAGAUGUACCGUCAAUUUGCCGAUGUCCACUACAUCAGACUGUCUAUGGAGAAGACUUUGUCUUACCAGAGACUUUCGCAGAUCACUCCUGUUGGAUCUGAGGAGGAAUUUAACCGUUUGCUCUCCAAGGAGUGUUCCCAAAACGAGCACCAUGCCGUGGUUUUGAGAGCUCUUUACGUGUUCAACCAGUCCGUGCUCAAGACUAACUUCUACACUCUGACCAAGGUGGCUAUUUCUUUCAGAUUGGACCCAUCUUUCUUGCCAACUUCUGAGUACCCAGAGACUCCUUAUGGUAUGUUCUUCAUUGUGGGUUCUGACUUCAGAGGUUUCCACAUUCGUUUCAGAGACAUCGCCAGAGGUGGUAUUCGUAUUGUGCGCUCCAGAUCGGUGGACGCAUACAACGUCAACAUCAGAAACUUGUUCGACGAGAACUACAACUUGGCUGCCACCCAGCAGAAGAAGAAUAAGGAUAUUCCAGAGGGUGGUUCCAAGGGUGUUAUCUUGCUUGAUCAUGGUGCUGCUCAGGAGACUCCAAAGGCUUCUUUCGAGAAGUACAUUGAUGCCUUGAUCGACUUGUUGCUCAAGCAGCACAUUCCAGGAGCCAAGGAGUCGUAUGUCGACCUUUACAAGAAACCCGAGAUUCUUUUCUUGGGCCCAGAUGAAGGUACUGCCGGCUAUGUUGACUGGGCGGCUCUUCAUGCUCGCUCCAGAGGUGCACCAUGGUGGAAGUCGUUUUUCACUGGUAAGUCUCAGCAGAUUGGAGGUAUUCCUCAUGAUGAAUAUGGUAUGACUACUUUGUCUGUCAGAGCAUACGUCAACAAGAUCUACGAGAAGCUCAACAUCGACAACGCCACCAUCAGAAAGGUCCAAACAGGUGGCCCAGACGGUGAUUUGGGAUCCAACGAGAUCAAGCUUUCUAGAGAUGAGAAGUAUGUCGGUAUUGUUGACGGAUCAGGUGUCAUUGCGGACCCUCACGGCUUGGACAAACAGGAGCUCUUACGUCUUGCUCACGAGAGAAAGAUGAUUGACCACUACGACCGUUCCAAGCUUUCCAAGGACGGAUUUGUUGUUUUAGUCGAUGAGCAGGACAUCAAGUUGCCAAAUGGUACCGUCAUAACUUCUGGUGUUGCUUUCCGUAACUUGUUCCAUGUUAAAUUGAAGGAGAUCUACGGUAUUGACGGUGUGGACUUGUUUGUUCCAUGCGGUGGUCGUCCAGCAGCCAUUGACACCAACAAUGUCAUGGAGUUGAUUGACGAAAAGACCGGAAAGAGUAUCAUUCCAUACUUCGUGGAAGGUGCUAACCUUUUCAUUACCCAAUCCGCCAAACUUAUUUUGGAGAACGCUGGAUGUAUCAUCUUCAAGGAUGCUUCUACUAACAAGGGUGGUGUGACUUCUUCCUCAUUAGAAGUUCUUGCUGCUCUUUCAUUUGAUGACAAGGGAUUCUUGGAGAACAUGUGUGUUGGUGCAGACGGUGUCAAGCCACCAUUCUACGAGGACUACGUCAAGGAAGUGCAAAAGAAGAUUGUCUCUAACGCUCAGAACGAGUUUGAGGCUCUUUGGGCUUUGAAGAAGUCAACUGGAGAGCCAAUUACCGAAUUGUCCGAUAAGCUCUCCAAGACUAUCAACAAGUUGGCAGACGAGUUGGCCAACUCACAGGAGUUGUGGAACGACGACCAGGCGUUCAGAAACGCCGUUUUGGUCGACUCUCUUCCUCCAUUGUUGUUGAAGGCUAUCGGUAUCGAGGAUAUCUUACAGAGAGUUCCAGAGACAUACUUGAGAGCAUUGUUUGCAACCAGAUUGGCUUCCAGAUUUGUCUACUCUAGAGGAGUGGACUCCAACCCAGCCAAAUUCUUGGAGUUUAUUUCUCUGAUCAGAAAGGAGUUUGUUGCAAACAAGCUUUUGUGA